AUGUCUAACAAAGACCGCUCACGACUCAGGAGUUCAUCGCUUCCGUUACCGAAGAGAGAGGUUUGCGUUCAGACGACGAGCGAAACGAAGAGUAAACCGGAAAUUCCGAAACUCGUUUUGGACGACAACGCCCUCAACAGCUCCUCGAAAACGCCGUCAAUGCAUGAGUUGCGCCGAUCGUCGUUCUCAGGACUUCCAGGUCUGGGAGGUCUGUCCUCAUUGAUAGGCGCGGCUACGCCUUCGGCCAUCGGACGCGUCGGCAGUGAAAAGAUAAAGUCACCCAAAAGACAGAAAAAGGGUUCCACUUGUGAUUUGACAGAGAAAUCAGAUAAAGAGCAUAAUUUGGACAAAUUUAAAGACAUCGACGACUCGGUGUCCAACAAAUUGAAAAAACAAAAGCAAAAAGACAAAAGCGACUCAAUAUUUCGGUCUAAAGAGUUGAUUCCUCCGCCGCCGCGACCGAAAUCGGCGAUCGGGCGCUACGAAGACGGCCGCGCGGCUACUGUCAAGUCUGAGAUGCAUAGGGGAAAGUCGAUGCCAUCGUUGCAUCUCAUACUCGACCGCUUCGGCAACGCGUCCGACUCGUCCAAGAGUUCGAACCGAUAUUUGGCGCCCGAGAGUAAAAAGUCGCCAAAAAAGUCGGCCUCUCAGACCUAUUCGGUUCCGUUCCCUAUAAUCACGAUCACAGAGCACUCACCCGUUACUUCCAUUCAGUUCUUUAUGAACGCAGAGAACACCGAAUCGCCGAAAGAGGAGUCCGUUUACAACUACUCCCAAAUCGGUAUCACAAGAAGUCAAACCGAUUCUGACAUUAGUUAUUACACGGAGACCAUAACAGAGGCGCCCGCGUCCACCAACUAUGUCACCAAAAACGGUCAGUUGAGUCUUGUGGUCAUUUUGAAAGCUGUCCACUCCAUCGCGAACUUUCUGAGCCAGACAAGAGAUGGGCAAACGCUACAGCUCCGCGGGCAGUCAGGUCUUACCGCUUCGACACCCGGCGGAGCCAUCGAUGAGCCGCCGAUUAUCAGAAUCAGUAAAUCGGAUAACGAAGAGCUAUCGGUUCACCACCUCUUUAUGGACACUUUAAUACGUCUGAUCAAACAGUUAGGCUGUCCUCACGGCUGCGGUGAAGGGCAUCGCGAGGACGAAGCCAAGGUGCCUAAUCUCGGCUUUUGUAUCGAAACGCAUAACAAUUGGACGCGAAAGCAGUCCAAUAAUCCGAUAUCAAUCGGAAGCCAACAGUCAUUUGAGACGAGCGCUCGGAGCGGCUAUUCAAACAACUUCGGCGCCGGUUUUGGGAAAACCGGUUCUAAAGUAUUCUUAUUCAAGAAGUUUUUCUUCUCAACGUCGGGACUGAAGGCCGCGGCCAGCAGUCAGAGUAUACACGACGAGCGCGAAACUCAACUGCUCAACGAUUGGCCGCUUCCGGGCACUGGUCUGAGCCAAAGCCACAGCAGUACAGGUGCUCUACGCGUGAGGGCUGCCUCUCCUCGACUGUCCAUUACGGACGACGACGCGGUUGUUAUGAUCCAAAAGCAGGUGAAGGGCGGAAAGGGAUUCAAUUUCACCAAUUGGUUCAAACCGGGCGGUAAGCCAGAGUCAUUGCAUCCGGAAUCGGCUGUUCUGCUGGACAACGGCGGCGGUAAUAUUGGUUUUGUCACGUCAUCCGAACCGUCGACCGAAAAGAUGGUCAGAAGAGGCAGUUUCAGCCGAACGCCAGUGAAAGGGGCGCCCAUUGCGGGCGGAAGUGGUGGUCAAAAGCCGACGCACUCGACGUUCGGGAAGGCGAGGAAGAGAAUGGAGGAUCAGUUCAGGUUUGUGUUCGGGAAGAGUAAGUCAAAACACGGCUCAUUCGAGGAGACGCCGGAUCUCUCGCGACGGAACUCUUUUGACUUCGACCGGACGGCCGGCGACGGAGAUAUGGUUUUGAUACGCGAGUCACGACUCGUAUCGCUUCCAGUGAUUCGCGACGGAAUGAUUCGCUUCCAGUUUCUGUUGGAGUCGUGCACUCCGGGAACGCUUCCGGACGCGCCUCUAAUCGCGGCGAUGCUCGACAUCCGGGCGCCGAUCGUCGCCAGAGCCACCUUUUACCUCGAGUGCGCGCAUUUCGUCCAUCGCUGUAAUCGCGGUCUUUGGCCGCAAUGGAUGCGCCAUAACUUCAAUAUCUUCCGGCCGUCGGGUCCGAUGAGAGCCGGUUCCCAGUCGGCCAUCAAAGGCCGCGCCUCUAACGUUGUCCAGCGGUCGGCCGGCCGUGCGUUCUAUCAGUGGGCGGAGAUGUUGGGCGCGAGAAUGCAAGAGAUCCUCCAGAAUGAGAUCAAUACCGAGAAAUCGUUGCCAAAUAUGACGGACGACAGUAAACGACGACAACUCAAGUACGACGACGAGGACGAAGACUUUCUGGACGAGGCUUUCGUUAACCAAACGGGCAAUGAGUGUCCGUUUGCCCUAAAACUGGUCGCGUGUCAGUUGUUGUACGAAAUCACGGCUUUUCUCCGCGAAACCCAUCAAUACCUGCCCUCCAGAAGCUCUCGGUCUUCCAUACGAGAGCGCGGAUCCACUUUUGAGCCGAAGACUGUCACCGCUAACCGUCGCUGGUCUAUGGCUUUGAGUGAGACAUUGUUUCUAUUGCUUUUUCACGCGCCGAGUUUGGGCGACAGACGAAUCAGUUUUGUCCUCCAGGAGGCGGACGGCGAGGAAGAGUCGACGAGCAGUGUUUCGGGAGCCGACGAACUGUACGCCGGCGGCGAUAAGAGACGCCAGUCUCAGAUCGGACUCGCGGGUCGACCGCAUUUGUUGCGCCGGUCGACGGGCGGCAGCGGUCACGGGAGCUUCAAAAGGAGGUCCAUUAAGUUGAAGAAAGGCGCCGAUCGGAAGACACUAGGCAGCGGUCACGGGAGCUUCAAAAGGAGGUCCAUUAAGUUGAAGAAAGGCGCCGAUCGGAAGAGUGCGGGCAAACAUCGGUCGUCAACUCUUGUCGAGGACGAGGACGACGACACCCAAAAGCACUCAAUUCUUCGCCGAUCGGAUUCAUUGCGUUCGCGACGCAAAGUGAGCGGAAUAUCCGAGCGAUCGGACACUUCGGAGAGGGUCUCAGGCGACGAAUCGCCGGGCGUUCUGUCCGACGAGGGAAACGACACUCCGAGCGACGCUCUCGAAGCGGACGACUCGGAACUGAUUACAAAUAUCCCGUGGCUUAAGAUCAUGUCCACAAUAAACUCCGCCGUUUCGUACAAUUGUUCGCAUCAACAGUACUGUCAGCACAACUGUUACCGACGAGUGAUGCGAAGCUCAUCCAGACUUAUGAAAGCCGUUCACAAAGUUUACGCCGAAGACUCGUCGACGAGACCACAACUCGUGUCUUUGCGUAUCUUUGAGGACAAGGAAGACGCGGCCAAAAAGGAGAAGAAGUUGAAAAAGAUCGUAACCGCCGGUCCGUCGUCUCCCAUACGGCGCAAGAUCUCCGUCGGACACAAUAUGGACCGUUGCGUCGACGGCCACACCGAACGCGGCCACCACUCCAUCCACAGUUCGACCACUUAUUUGGCGCAUAACGUGGACGUCGAGGCCGGACCUCAGGAGUCGGAGGACCCGCGCAAGACAUUCGUCGAAGUGGCCAACAAUAAGGCGCUCAUUAAGCGCGAGGAAAAUCCGACCCUAAAGUAUGUUCACUCACACGUCAAGAGUCCGUUCAGCGCAUCCAUAUCUAUGCUGUUGAAGGGGGCGCUCGUAUUGCCGAUCCCUGAGUUCGACGAUCUUCUCGGUAUGUCUUGGAAUCUGAUCCUCGAAGACGACCAGGAGUUGAGUUCGGCGGCCGCUGUGGCCCUCAUUGUCUGCGCCCUUAAAUGUCCACAACUGGUGUCCGACUUAUUUGAGCGCGAGUUGAAUCACGAGAGCCCUAAUCGGCGAACUCUGGCCAUCAAUAAGUUCUAUAAGGUUUGGAGCAAUCGUUUCCAGUGUUGGCCGCGACUGGAAGAAGGGGCGCAUCUGUACCUCAAAGUGCCGCCGCCGGCCAUUGAGUUCACUCUUCCGUCGCCGCGCAUAGCGUUGGAGUCGAUCCCAGUCGUGGAUCCGGCGUAUAUGCCGGUCACCAAAUCCAAAGUGGAAGAAGCGGUGACCAUAAGCCAAGAGCCGACGAUUCAACGGUCGUUUGUGGCGGCGACCAAAACCAGACGCAAACAACAGAUAGAGUUAGUGACGAAAGCACUGCAAGAAGAAGAGGACAAACUGCGAGACGAGCGUGAGAACUAUCGCAUCUCAAUGGUUCCCAUCCAAUUACAGGCAGCCUAUGAACCGGCGCUCUUCCACACCGUCGAUGAACACGAAGAGGAAGACGACGAGAUGUCCGAACGAAUACCCAUUCAUAACAUUCAGUUGGCACAAACGGUGUUUCCAUCGACUCUGUGUUCAGCGGCCGUCACAAUCAUCAACCUCUUAGACGACCCUCAGGUCAACUCCGAGGGCAGCGCCGUAUAUGAGGUGGCGUUCAAAGUUGUCUGGCAUUGUCUGGUGGAAGACUCGGCGCUCUUCUUGCGUCACUUUCUCGAGCGUCUCACUCGAGACAAACAUUGGGACACGUUUCAGAUCCUGCGCCGACUGAUCCGUUUCGUGCCCCGCCUUCCGGCUCAGGCGGCGUUCACGCUAUACAACUAUCUGAUCGGUUUCGUGAUGUAUCACGUGAGGACACCCGUGGAGAACUCGCAAGAAGUGAUCGCCACAGUGUUGUCCGUACUAUGGCUUGUGGUGCCCAACGUUCACGGCCUCUUCCUCAAGGAUCUCAAACAGGUUCUGCGCAAAGAGCAGUGCGACGCCUCUCUCCUCAUCACAGCUAACGUGCCGUCGGCUAAGAAGAUCAUAGUUCACGGACCCGACGCCUCUGUCAUCCCAUCCCAGUUCCCCAUCCAUGAAGACACACAGUUCUCGCAGAUUCUGACCGAUAGUCUCGACUUUUUCGGAAUCGACGACUCAAAGCAAAACGAGUACUUUCUCGUCGAUUCCAAGACAAACCAAAUGCAUAACUUGAAUGCAUUCGUUCGGGACUUUUAUUUCUUCAAACGCUCACAAUAUCCGCAAAUCUCUUUGGUUCACAUGAAUCCCAACGAAGCCUUCGAUCGACUCCAGAGACAGGCAUUUACUCUUCAAUUCGUGGAAUUGGGAAAAACAUUGAUGUGUUUAUCGUUAAUUAAGUCUUCAUUCCUCGGCAUUCAAAGAGUACUCUUUCUUCACGAAGAGCUCAUGAAAUUGCCGUCAUUUCCACGCAAAGCAUUGGAGGCAAACUUCAGUCUGUAUUCGGGAGAGACGGGUCAAGAGGUGUUGGGAAUGGACACACUUCACAAGAUUGUUUGGGUCAAACUCGUGGCCCGAAUGUUUGAGGCCACCAAUGGGUUCUUCGCCCAAUCGGCGGACAUUCACCUCUUCCUAAACGUAGUGAACGGUUCGCUAAUACUUCACUGCGAGAACUCAUCGAUGUUGAGGCUAUGUAUGGCCACGUAUAUCAACGCCGCCCAUCAGUUCCGCAAUAUCUUCGCCGCCAACGGCUAUCUGUUGAUCAUUCCCACCAUUUGUCGCAUUUAUUCCAACCAUCAGACGAAUGGUCUUCUCUGUCGCACAAUUGAAUUCGUUUGCAAACAGUUUUACAUUCUUCACAGAAAGCCAUUCGUCCUCCAGAUGUUCGGAGCGGUGGCGCCGAUACUCGACCUCGACUUUGUGUCCAAUUAUGGCGACGCCUCUAAAGUACAACCGCGAGCUUUCUUUCAAUUGCUUCAGUCUUUGGGUCAAUAUAUUGUCGAUCCGUUGGAUAUUCUGGAACUCGUCGACGCAGAGAAACCAUUAAAGGCGCUGGACUUUUGCUACCAAAUGGACGCCGAGACACUUUCCGUGUUGGACGCCAUCUCUCUGUGUGUGACAGUUGUCUCGUACGCGGCGGACACCGAACGCGGCCAUCAAAUGCUAACCAUAUUGGAGGCGAUUCUUCCGCUACAUCUGAAACACAUGCAAACGCUGACCACGAAGAAGGAGACACCGGGCGGUCCGCGCACUGAACUUCAAGUGAUUCAUAACGUGUCGGUUUGUAUGAAAACUUUGAUUUACAACUCGGAAGCGCUGACCCGUAACUUCACUGGUCCUCAACGGGCCAUCGAUUUGCGCGGUUCGAGCAUUAAGAAUGCCUCCAAAGGGGCCUACAGUCCGCCCGUAGAGAUCGAUGACGACAGCCAUUCAAAAUAUGUGUCCGAUAACUACUACUCUCGCGCCCGAAAAGAGUACUCUUCGGACAAUAGUGACGGCGAGAGUGUGCGGACAGACUUUCGACGUCCGCGCGAUGUAUUGCUCAAAGUUGUGGCCGAAUUCUUGAGCCGAAGUACCGCCCGAUUGGCGGAUCUGAGCAAAAAGUUGCCGGAUUUGCACCAAAAGGGCUCCACAUAUGAACUAUUGGACGUGAAGAGUCACCUCCGAUUGGCUGAGAUCGCGCACAGCCUGUUGAAGAUGGCUCCCUAUGACCCACAGACGAUGGCGUGUCGCGGUCUCGUCCGCUAUAUGAACGAGAUAUUGCCGAACAGUGAGUGGCGUCAGGAACAGAUGCGUCCGGCGCUCAUAAUGGUCUUGAGACGACUCGACAAGACGUUCACCAAAAUUGCCAAAAAGUCGGCGAUAAAGCGGUCAACCGAUUGGGAAGCGGCCAAACGGCUGCUCAAAGGCGUGUACUUGACGUUCGCCAAACACCCCUAUAUCGUACAUCUGCCACAUCUCAAGUCACUCAUCUCCGUCUGUCAGAACAUCGUUUUGGGCGAUCAAACCCACGGCCCGGUGGACAGCACGGCGUCAGUGCCCACGUGGGCCAUAGCUCUCUCGCAGUCAUCGCCGCCCGGCUUCACGUCAGUAGCCGUUCGGCUGAUAGCGAUGCAAAUGCUUCAGUUGGGCGAAAGUCAGACUCUGGAGACCGUGUGUUUGGGAGCCUUCUCUUCGCCCGAGAAAAGCGAAAUCUAUUUAAUGAAUUUGAUUUAUCCCAUGUGUGUCCGCAUCAGUUCCGGUCUCAAAGAAGUGCCAAAACUAAGGCAAUGCGACAUUAAUUUCACACUUACCGUAAUUCUCAAUACUUUGAAACCGAUUCCCACCAAACCUAUCAAAGGUUCCGAUUCCUCUUCGGGCCAAAUGGCACAGAAUUCUGUCCACGCGGUCGGCUUUCUCGGCCUCAAGAUAAUGAUGGUUUGCUUUGAGAGGCAACUGAACACCGAAUGGUACAGAAUAUCGCGAACUAUACGUGAGUUGGCCAACAAGACUCAGGGAGGGAUUCAAUUGUGGAAUUUCCUUGAAUUUGUGGUCACUUAUCGAACGCCACUCUUUCUCCUCCUUUUCCCUGUCAUUAAAUGCAAAUAUCUGGUAAAGAUCUGCGACAAUGACAUCGAGUAUGGAUACCAACAACAGAUUCGGGAAAAGAUGACGGGAUUAGGACUUCCAUUCGCGCGAUCAAAGGGCCAACUUUUAGUCGCUUUAAUGUCGGAAAUGAGAAUUCUUAGGGAAGAACUGAUAUCGCGAAAGAACGCGCCGCCGGUCGACGACCGCAAGUCCAUCGUUGCCGACGCGUCGAGCGGUGAGCGACCCGAAGGACAUCGACUGAGCUUUGCGUUCACACAAAUGGCUGCUUCGGCUUCAAAAUUGUCAAACAUUUCUUCUUCCAAUUCAAACACUCCUCAGACGACACGAGACGCGCCCCAAACGCCCUCCACUUCGUCCAAACCCUCUCUGUUUAGAGGAUUAAGUUUCAGACUCUCAGAGCAGCGAAUGUUUCCGCCGCGGAAUCUGAGCGUUAAGUUAUCGCGUGAUAGCAAACGAGUAAUGGAAGGCUUCCUCAGACGGACCUCAUAUCCGGACCCGAAGGAGGCGUCGCCCACAGGGAGUCGAGAGGAGCACAGAAGCACUCUUUCGGAGCCCAAACUGUUCCGAAAGUCCACUCUUCACGUGAAGAAAGGCUCCAAAAAAGAUCGACCGAAAGACGGUUCCCAAUCGAUGAGCGGAGAAACACUUACAGAAGGCGUGACCACUGAAGACGAUCAGGAGAUUCGGUCGGCGAUCGCUCGCAAAUUGUCGGGCGAGGGUUCGGGCGCUUCGCGUUCGGACAGUCCGGACGAAGAGAGAGCUUUGAAACACCGGUUGCAGAGACAGAAAGCUCAGAGUCGGAAGACAUUCCGCUUCCGUAAGUCUCGUCGCGGCGCCGGAUUCCUGCAGACGGAAGAGAUUGCGAUGAAAGACACGACUGAUGGCAGAGAUGUGGCGCUCGCGGAGGAAGAGAGCUCUUCCAUCGUUGAGCAAAGUCGAGACGAGAGUUCUUCUACUGGACUCUUGUCUCCAAAGAAAAGUCACUCUUCAGAUGAAUCGGUCGAUGAAAACGUCGCUCUUUUGACGGAAAACGACUCUUCGUUUCCAUUCGUAGACGAAGAGGAAGACGGGGCUCUUCUUCGGCCAUAAAAAACUAGAUAUAGUGUUAUGUUUUGUUUUAGUCUAUGAAGUGGUGCCGAAGAAUCUCUUCUGG